UCAUGUUUAUUUCCAACGUGCUUUCACAUUCGUGAUCCGUUUAUGACUCACGGCAGCCUUGGGGCAGGUGGGUAGGGUGAGAAGCUGGGCCAAGGUCACUUAGGGAGGGGGAGUAAAUAUCCCUUGAAGGAACACACGUGUCCGAUGAAGCGCAGCUGUGUGCCGGGACGCCCUGCCCUGCCCCGAAGGCGAGCCAGCGGGGAGAGAGCAGGCGGCAGACACGCCCUGUGAAGCCAGAAGACAUGGAUUGGUCUGAGCUAUACCCAGAGUUCUUUGCUUCACUGUGUCAAAAUCAGAGCCACGAUGACCCAAGAGAUAAAGAAAAGAUAGCUCAGGCCCAAGUGGAGUUUGCAGACAUAGGCUGUGGCUAUGGCGGCCUGUUAGUGGAGCUGUCACCGCUGUUCCCACACACGCUGAUUCUGGGUCUGGAGAUCCGGGUGAAAGUCUCAGAUUAUGUACAAGACCGGAUUCGGGCCCUACGAGCAGCUCCUGGAGGUGGUUUCCAGAAUAUCGCCUGUCUCCGUAGCAAUGCUAUGAAACACCUUCCUAACUUCUUCCGCAAGGGCCAGUUGACAAAGAUGUUCUUCCUCUUCCCUGACCCACAUUUCAAGCGGACGAAGCACAAGUGGCGAAUCAUCAGCCCCACACUGCUGGCAGAAUACGCCUACGUGCUGAGAGUUGGGGGGCUGGUAUACACCAUAACGGAUGUGCUGGAGCUACAUGAUUGGAUGUGCACCCAUUUUGAAGGGCACCCCCUGUUUGAGCGUGUGCCUCUGGAGGAGCUGAAUGAAGACCCCAUUGUGGGACAUCUGGGCACCUCAACCGAGGAGGGAAAGAAAGUUCUACGCAAUGGAGGAAAGAAUUUCCCAGCCAUCUUCCGAAGAAUACAGGAUCCCACCCUCCAGGCAGUGACCCCCAAUCCUACCCCUCCUGGUCACUGACUUUGCCUUUGCUGACUUUGCCUUAGUUGGACCCCAUCUUCCAGGGACUGGAAAGAAGAUCGGGCCCUUGGACCUUCCCAGCUGAGCCUGCUAGGGCUGAGACGCAACAACCUCUCAAAGAAGUUGAGAAACUGCCCAGGGCAGAAUCCUGGAGUUCACAACUACCCCUGAUUCCUCUCACCUUCUUGCCCUCCCAGUGGCAGCAGAAAGCAAAAGCAGCUGACUGGGAAGGUCAAAAAACCUUGGACCAGAAGGGGUCUUUGGAAGGGAGUGGGGUCUUGCUCUCCCUUAGCACUCCCUUCUCCUGGGAUCCCUUCUCAGCUGGAGUGAAGAAUGCUGUUCUUCACUGUCCCUCUAAACUGCCUGCGAGGCUCAAGUCACAUGCCCACUCGUGUUUACUUUGCAGUUCUGGGGGCAGCAUGCACACGUGCGCACAUGCCUGAGCUGCUGUUUCUCAGGAAA